AUGUAUGCAAAGACCCCUCCAGCUAAUAUCGACCUGUCUCGAUUCAGACUCAGACACAUUGCUACGUGGAUUCGCGAUGACCUUGACCCGGAAGUUGCCCGCGAAGGACCUGAUGUCCUGCGGCCUGACGACGUCGUGAUCUUGCACGGAACCUUUGUAGCUCUUCGACACGCAACUAAUAUGACAUCAUCGGACUUGCGAGCGACAGGCAUUUACAAAGCUAUUAUGGACAUCUCAGGUGUUGCCACCCGGUGGCCUGGACGACUAUGCGAUGAAUGCGACAAGAUUAUCCUGAUCUGGGCAGCAAAAUUCGGCCCACUCAGUAACCUACAUCCAUUCUUGUAUGGGAGAGGUGGACGGCUCGAGGGUAUCGCUAGUGUUACUGAGUAUUCCAAAGAGGCACUUCUCAAGCGAUGGCAGAAAACCUGUCCCGAAAAGAUUCAACACAAGCGUUCUCACAGACUCGGCAACUUGGGCUUUCGAGCUGGAGCAUGGUGGAUCAACUCGCUCUUUGCGUACCAUGCUGGCAUCAUCGGCCUCGAAUCGGUCGAAGGUGGCACGACGUUUGAUAAACAUGGCGCCUAUGCUCUUGUUCUCAAAGAUACUGGCAGAGUCGAGGCUUAUUCAGCGGAUUCCUUUACGUACCGCGUACCGCAGAACGACAAGGGGAAAUACCGCCUCACCGCUGCCACAAGGAAAAGCAGAGACCCGAUCAGGGUACUCCGUAGUCACAGAAACAACAAUGGAUGGGGCCCAAAGGCUGGCAUACGAUAUGAGGGCUUAUAUGCAGUCAAAGGCUGGUCCAUAUGCCAGGCUAAGGAAGCCGAUCUAUUCGUGGGUGAGUGGAGCCGAGGAGAUAUCAUCUUUGAGAUCAGGUUCGAGCGGCAGGAUCCUGUGCCUACAGAUGAGGUCAACAGGCGCCCGACAGCUGUAGAAGUGGACGACUAUCUGGAGUACAAGCGCCUUCGUCGAGUGUAUCGCGAGAGCAAACGCAGCGGACCGACGGCGGACUCUGUCAAAAUGGGUGUUCACUGGAUUACCAAGGCAGCACCUCCGAUUUCGCCUUCACUGCCACAACUGAGGAAGGUCACUACACCGAAAGCACUUGUCGAGAGCUCUCCCAUAUCAAACUUUCGCAAGACGACUUUCAAACACCCUCGCUUCAGUAUUCCUGAGGAGAAUCCUGCCGAGUCAGCAGAUGUGAUCUCUCCCAUGACUACCAAAGACCUAGAGCUGAAUCCUUUCACGUGGGAUAGUAACAACAAGCUCGAAGUCCCGACGCAAACACAGUACACACAUGACCCAUCCUCGGAUGAUCCGUAUCCAUUGGCGGACGCAGACUCAACCGACAGCAGCAACCGCAGCAAUACGUCUAACAUCCGGGAUGUCGCACCUUGGAUUGACUUCGAUAUCGAACUAUCUGCGCCAUCUCUCCUCAACAGCCCUCGGAUUGUGCUCGAACAUAUCGAUUCGCGAGCUUCAGUAACAUCAGUGAAAAAGGCCGAUGUAAAGAGCGCUGAGCCAAGUGGAAGAGACACACCCAGUCCGGUAUCCGCACUGUACAACAGAAAGAGGGGCCGUGACGCCGCAAAAGGGACGCCCCCUACUCUCACAAAGUCGGAUAGUCGCAAGUCAGUUUUCGUGCGCAGUCGGAACCCCAUGGCCAAGCUCUUCGACGGUGCUAAUGGCGGAGUCGGGGACGGCUUCGAGGACGCCGCAGGACCAAUAACACCGCCAAUACCGUGUCAUGAAUCUUCAGACUAUAGUACGCAUGUCCACUCUCCCAUUCCUCUCCGGCCAUUCAGUCCCGACAACCCCUUUGCGGCGCAAAAACGCAAUGCCAUCCCCUUUGAAACCAAUAUCGAGCAAUUCGACAGCGCGUCACCAUCUCACGUCAAAAGGCUUUUCCCCUUCCCCUCGCAACGAUCAUCAGACGACAUGAUAUCACCACUCUCCCUUUCCGCUUCGCAAGAGCAUCCUUUUGUGGGUAGACUUGUCUCACCAUCGCCUCGCUCGCUGCCGUUUAGUCUUGGUCAGUUUAUCUCCCAUCCCAGAGCGGCAUUGCCGGUCAGCAGCCCUACAUCGACAUGUGUGCUCGAGCGGUUGAGGGAGUUGGAUGGUGAGGACUCUGGGGCAGCGGCGAGGCUGAGGAGAAUGGUGCGUGGUGAGGUUGUGUUCAAAGAUUCAUUUGCUAGCUUGCCUGGGAUUGGUGGUGAGGGGAGCGACAGUGAGGGUGUUAUGCUGGAUUUUGCUGUGUAGAUGGGGAGAUGACUGGAUAGGGGGGCUUCUGUGGGGAUAAUGGUAUUGGUAUGGUAUUGCGCUGUCUGAUAGUCUAGUGGACUGUGUCAUUCUGUUUCCACCUUCCUUAUCAAUUUCACAUGUAGAAACGUCUGAAACUUGUGUCUGUGUUCGCUUCACAAACGCAAUGGGUAUCUGGGCGAUGUAACCAAAUCAUGUAACUUUAGGUGAAAUAAGCAAUAUCCUUAUCAACUCG